ACAAUCAAGUCUGCGUUCAGCUGAGGUAAGCAACUCAAAGGGCAGGUACCCGUGGCCUUUUCUCUGCACUCCAGCGAGCAUGGCCCUCCUGUCCGUGUUCACGCCUGUUCUGGCGGUGGUUUUAUGCCUGGUGAUAGGCUUCGUGCUGGUGAAAUCAUGGGACACAGAGACCACUUCCACAUCUCCAGGCAAAAGUAAAGGGGCGACAAAAGGGGAGAAAAGACCAUGGCUGGACCAGGACUUACAGGACGAUACAGAAAUCACAGCAAAAGAAGACGAUGAUGAUGCUGAUGAUGAUUGGGGGGACAGCGCUGAGGAGGAGAACCUCACACAACUGCCUUAUUCACCGCAGCGAUACCCUGAGGAGACAAUGCUGCAAAGAUCCAAGGAGUUUUACACUUUGAUGAACCAGCGGAGGUCUGUCCGAUUCAUCAGCCCGGAGCCUGUCCCACGGGAAGUCAUCGAUAAUGUCAUCCACACUGCAGGUACAGCACCUAGUGGAGCACAUACAGAACCCUGGACGUUCGUUGUGGUUUCAGAUCCAGAUAUAAAACAUCAGAUUAGGCUGAUAGUCGAAGAGGAGGAGGAGAUGAACUACCGCCAGAGGAUGGGGGAAAAAUGGGUUCAGGAUUUGGCCAAAUUUAGGACAAAUUGGAUUAAGGAGUACUUGGAUGUUGCUCCAUAUCUGAUCCUCAUCUUUAAACAGACCUACGGGAUUCUCCCAAAUGGCAAGAAGAAGACGCACUACUACAACGAAAUCAGCGUGUCCAUAUCCUGUGGGAUCCUCCUGGCUGCAUUACAGAACGUGGGUCUUGUUACCGUCACAUCUACGCCCCUCAACUGCGGCCCCAAACUCAGGCUCCUACUUAAACGCCCGGCGAACGAGAAGCUGCUGAUGCUACUUCCUGUUGGUUAUCCUGCCACUGAUGCUACUGUGCCUGACUUGAAACGCAAGCAUCUGGAUGAUAUUUUGGUGCACGUGUGAGAAAAUGAGAUGCAAAAAGCAGACUGUUUUGUUUUUCUUCAUCAAAUUCUUUGCCCGUAGCUGAGAAAUCCACCAGGCACAUGCCUGAUGAGACUUAGAAGUGCUUUCACAGUAGAAAGAAGAAGAAAGUGAGGCUUCUUGAGAUCAGUCUUUAAGUGUUUAAGAUACACAACCAAGAGAGGAUGGCAUGAAUCUUUCAUAGCUUACUAAUUGCUAACCUAGCUUUUGUGUUUUAUUUUGAAGGCAAAAUAGUGAACAUUUGAAGGGUUUUCAGAUUUUUAAUCAUAUUUAAAGUCAGAUGUUGUUUUCAAGCUUGAAUAAUAAUAACAUGCUACUAUAUUAUGUGUGUGUCUUGAGUGGGGGAACUGCAAGAAUGGGGGGGGGGGGGGGGGGGCUGACUUAUUUGGGUUUAGCAUAUUUCUAUCAUACAAAUUUCAAAUAAAUAACCAGCAAAAAUUAUUUGAUUCCGUUCUAUGAAUGUUCCUCUGGUCUCUGAUUUUCAAAACCAAACUUGCUCCUUGCAAGGUGAUUUUCACAAGACCUGAUGAACAGGAGAAAGGCCAUGCAAUCGCAAAUUUCCAUUCUUUUGACUGCUGGUGGAGAUUGUCAUGAAGUCCAAUUACUCACUGGAACUUUGGUUAAGAUGUCUAUAAGAGCUUCCUGUUGCAUCUUAUCUGUGUUCUUCUCUGGAGUUCUGUUGUGAGUUUCCAUGUUUUGCAGGCACACAGAAAGAUUAACAAGACAAGAGAGCACAGCAGGUUGAUUUUUGAUCGCAGCAUUUGGCCCUAAAUGUUACUGUUAAACCUUUUGUCUGUGCUUUCCUUGCCAAAAUCUCAUAUUUUUAUUUUUAUUAUUUAUAUGUUUUAUCAAGAUGAUGCGCCAAGAUAGCAAGUUGUUUUUCUUUUCCUGCAAUCUGGAACACACAGGUUGGUGAUUUUCCUUCCUCCGUCCUCCACAGAUCUCUCCAGGUAUGUGUAGAAGAGUGCUGAUGAGAGCAGGCAUUAACUUCAACUGCAGAACAGAAUUGGCUGCACAUGCUAACAUUUAGGACAACAGGUCAGAGUCAGACAGAGAAAAAAAAGGUUACAAAAUCUCUGCACAUCUGAGUGGGUAAUAGGUGUGUUGGAGAAAAUAUAACACCCACACACUGUCCGGCUUACCACUAAUGCAUUCAUUAACUCUCAAUUUUUUUCUCCAACUGUCUCCCUAUCACUCUCUCUUUCUCUCUCUAAAUUUCUCCCAGUGUAA